GACCAAGUUGUUUGUGUUAAAGAGAGCACUGGGGAGCUUGAGGGAAAGAGAGGAAGAGAGUACAUUAGAACUUCGUUCUUACAACCUUGAUAGAAAAUGGCCUCCGCUUCUCUCCUCAAGAUUUCCCCAGUUCUAGACAAGUCAGAAUGGGUCAAGGGUCAGACCAUUCGCCAACCUUCAGUCUCUUUGGUUAGAUGCCACUCAGUUGCACCCUCUGCACUCUCAGUUCGUGCUGGCUCAUAUGCUGAUGAGCUUGUCAAGACUGCGAAAACUGUUGCAUCUCCUGGCCGUGGAAUAUUGGCCAUGGAUGAGUCUAAUGCCACUUGCGGAAAGCGUCUAGCCUCAAUCGGUCUUGAGAACACUGAGGCUAAUCGCCAGGCAUAUAGGACACUGCUUGUUACUGUUCCUGGCCUUGGCGAGUGCAUUUCAGGUGCUAUUCUCUUUGAGGAGACUCUCUACCAAUCAACCACUGAUGGCAGGAAAAUAGUUGAUGUGCUUGUUGAGCAAAAUAUUGUUCCUGGUAUCAAGGUUGACAAGGGUUUGGUUCCUUUAGCUGGCUCUAACGACGAGUCAUGGUGCCAAGGUCUUGAUGGCCUUGCCUCUCGAUCUGCUGCUUACUACCAACAAGGUGCUCGUUUUGCCAAAUGGCGCACUGUGGUGAGCAUUCCCAAUGGUCCAUCCGCGCUUGCCGUGAAGGAAGCUGCCUGGGGGCUAGCUCGCUAUGCUGCCAUUUCUCAGGACAAUGGGUUGGUCCCCAUUGUGGAACCUGAGAUUUUGCUUGAUGGUGAACAUGGGAUUGACAGAAAUUUCGAAGUGGCUCAGAAAGUUUGGGCUGAGGUGUUCUUCUACCUUGCCGAGAACAAUGUCAUGUUCGAAGGUAUCCUCCUCAAACCCAGCAUGGUCACUCCUGGUGCAGAGUGCAAGGACAGGGCCACACCAGAGCAGGUUGCUGAAUACACUCUCAAGCUUCUCCAACGAAGAGUCCCACCAGCUGUUCCUGGAAUCAUGUUUUUGUCCGGUGGGCAAUCUGAAGUGGAGGCUACCUUGAACUUGAAUGCAAUGAACCAAGCUCCCAACCCAUGGCAUGUAUCAUUCUCAUAUGCAAGAGCUCUUCAAAACACUUGCCUCAAGACAUGGGGAGGCAGACCGGAGAAUGUGAAGGCAGCUCAAGAUGCUCUGCUUGUUAGAGCAAAGGCCAACUCUAUUGCUCAGCUUGGCAAAUACACAGGCGAAGGAGAGUCUGAUGAAGCCAAGAAAGGAAUGUAUGUCAAAAACUAUUCCUAUUAAGUUGUUGGAACCAAUUCUAAAGUAGACACGGUGAUGAUAAACCCCUUCUCUAUCUUAUCCUUGGAGGAGCCUUUUUUGUUCAUAACUCGUACUUCAAGUGACUUGUAAUUCAUGAUAUGGAGAAUUCGUGGAGGCAUUAUAUGCUUAAAGCAAAAUUUAAUCUUUGUAA